UAGAAAUCAAUAUUAAUAAACAGAACAUUUUUGUAGUUUGAGUAUAGAAAACCUGUUCAUGACUUUCCUAAUACAGUUUUCAACAUUAUUAGAGCGCUGUAAGCAUUAAAUAAUACCCCUAUAGUCACUUUACAGUCUUAUUAUUCUUUGUUUACACCACAGUGCGCAGGCUACGGGAUCACUGAAGGGACAUAAGACACAGCCACCGCUGGCAUAGCAAGCUAACUAGUUAGCCUCUCCAAUUUACGUAUUUCCAAAAUGAAGAAAGUAUUUAAAGCGGAGUGGGGGAGAAGGACAAAGUAAGAAGCCAAAAAACACUUCUGACCACUUCCAUACGAAAUGAGAAAGAAAAUAAACCUUUUUUUCCACUCGAUCAUGACGCACAUGCCAUGCCUGACUACAUGCAGUGUAAAGAUGGAGGAUUAUGUACCCAAAGUCAGCAGGAGGUGAUCAGACUUUUACAACAAAGAAGGCUGCAUGUACUUCAUAUACAUAUAAAAGCGCUGUCUAUCUCUGCCGUCUUCUCUGAAAUCAAGGAAAUCAAACUCAGAGUCUUCCCAGCAAAGAGCAUUGCUGGAGUGUUCCAGGUUAGUUAUCUGAAUGAGCUCAACCAGCCUGAGUAUGCCUUCAAUAUCACGGACGCUCGCGACCUCUGCUUGUCUCUUGGAGUCAACAUCGCCUCCAAAGAUCAAGUCCUGCAUGCCCUCGAUAGGGGUUUGGAAACAUGCAGGUUUGGAUGGAUUGAUGAGCAUUUUGUAGUCAUCCCCCGUGUCAAUGCACUGUCUAAUUGUGGACAAAACCAGACUGGCUUGGUCAAAUGGCGAGCUGCUGUUACCAGAAAGUUUGAUGUAUUUUGUUUUAAUGAAUCAGCGCAACCAGAGGAAGCAAUGACAACUCGGAUUUUUGAGUCCUCCAAAAACCCCACACUUCCCCCCUUCCUCAAUAUUUUCAACUUUUCUUUGCCCUCUGACCUCUCAUUGCUGGACAGCUUAGAUGGGGUAGAGCUUGCCCGUGUAGUCGGAGGUGAACAAAGCUCUGGGAGAGGAAGAGUGGUGCUCAUCACGUCUGUGUGUGCCGUCCUCCUUCUUGCAAUUGCCGUCCUUGCGUACUUCAAAAUAAAGACGGACGUCCAUAGAGCUGAUCUGAAUCAGAAAAGUGACUACAUCGAGGCCAAAGAGUGGACAAGUGUGAAGAUAGCAGAGCAAGAUGAUAGGAGAGAAGUUGGUGACAUUGCAAGUUGAAUGGUUAAACUAACAAUGUCUGGACUGCUGAGUCGGCUGCGAUUUAAGGUUUUUUUUCCCCCAUGCAUAUUUGUUUUUGUUAAUUGAACUUGUCUACAGAAUUCAUAUGCACUGCUUCUCUGAUACUUCAAGUACAUGGAAGAAGUGACAGUUUAAGGACAAACUGGACGUUGUGUAUCUGUGCAAUCACAUGUGUCCAAAGCUAAUGUGUGCAAAGCUUGCGCAACAGAUUCUUUUGUGUGUCUUGUGUAAACAGUAAAGGACAAAUCUCCUGUUUCAAAGCAGCACUAACACAUACCACCCGCAUGUAACACAGUGUGAAGUGAAAAUGUUUAUUCAUUGUGGCUUUGUGUGAAGAUGGAGUGUGUGUCCUUCACACACACACGUCUGACCAGUCGUAACGCUUGUUUAAACCUGUAAGGCAGGAGAUUUAUCAUCUAAGACAGGGGUUUUCAAAGCAUUUCACAGUGAGAUUUCAAUAUGCCUUGAACUAGAUUGAAAACUCUUUUUCUUUAUUUUUCUCAAGCUGCAUCGCCCCAGAAGUCUUCUGGCACCUCUCAGGGGAGGCCUGCCUCAUCCUUUGAAAACCCCUGAUCUGUCAUUGUUUUCUUCUUGUCAACUUGAGAUCAGUGAAAUAUGACUGCAUAUAUCUUUGAUUGCUUUGCCGCUACUGGCACUUAAUAAAAGAUGUACAUGUACAGUA